CUACUUUGGAGCGAGGUUCGGUCGCCGUUGGCCCGGCGUGGCCAGUGCACUCUUGGCUGCAAUGGCCUGUGUCCUCAUCUUCUGCCUGCUGACUGCGCACGUCGCGGGUGCAGGCAUCGUGAUGGCGACGAUGCUGAUGCAGUUCAGCACCGUUGCCAACCUGGGCAUGGUGAACCUGCAGAGCAUCGAGGUGCACCCCACGUGUCUCCGCCAGAUCGCAACGAGUGUCGAGUGGGCAGUUGCCGGGGUUGCCAUGUCUUCCCUGCCCUACCUGGCUUUGAUGGACGACAAGCGACUUCCCUUCGCCAUCCUCGCAGCCCUGAACUUGAUGGUGGCGUUUUCGGUGUCGUUCCUGCCAGAAUCUGCGCUGCAGCGAUUGCCGGAGACGUUAAGGGACGGUGCCGUCUUUGGCAGAGGACAGCGCUACUGGAGCUGGAAACCCAAACCGACACCAGAGUACGCCAAGGGAUAAAGGAGUUCCAGAAGUUCCUUUUAGUUUAGAAGGAACGAUAAUGCGAUGCUGGCAACCUUCGACUUCUGUUUACUGACGGUGCACAUGACUUGAUCGGCCUGCUAUGAACGAAUAACAGUGCACUUCGAGCCCUAUUUCUAAUCUG